AUGCUAGAUGCUGCUGAAAAGUAUCAAGCAGCAUUUGAGAAAAUGGAAGGUGAAGAUUUUAGCUAUUUGGAAUUUUUUGGAUUAGUUGGCCCCCCUACUCUUAAUGAUUGGGAGAAUGUUAGGUGUCUAGUAAGUUUUUUCAAAAUUUUCUAUGAUGCUACUAUGGAAUUUUCUUCGUCAAAACAAGUAUCCCUUCAUAAGUCAUUCCACCAACUAGCUUCAAUACAUUGUGAGCUUAAAAGAUCAUCCAUGAACUUGAACACAAUUUUAGCCUCAAUGGGAUAUGAAAUGAAGAAGAAGUAUGACAAAUAUUGGGGGGAAAUUGAAAACAUCAACAAGUUUAUUUAUUUUGGCGUGAUUCUUGACCCUAGAUACAAGUUAGGAUAUGUAGAGUGGUGUUUUAAUGAUAUGUAUAAUGGCGAGUCGGUGUCUUUUACUAAUAUGAUUAAUGUGAUAAAAAAGGAGUUGUUUAAACUAUUCAAUUGGUACAAGGGUAUACAUGAAAAGCAACAUGGACCCUCUACUAGUCCUAAUGAGGGUGGUUCAUUUGGUGAUGGUGUUCCUAAUGUUGAAGUUCCAUCUCAUUUUGCAAGGGUUGAAGCUUUUAAAGAGCACCUUAAACAAAAAGAUUCAAUAGAUAAAAAAAAUGAUCUUGAGUGGUAUCUAGAUGAUAAUUGUGCCGAUGAUUUUAACUUUGACAUCCUUAUGUGGUGGAAACAAAACUCUUGUAGAUACCCUAUUUUAUCAAAAAUGGUGAAGGAUGUUUUAGCUAGUCCAGUAUCCACUGUCGCUUCUGAAAGCACGUUUAGUACCGGGGGCAGAAUUCUAGACACAUAUAGAAGACUGGUUGAAACCUACACUUAG